AGAGUCGAGUAAGCUACCACCACAUUAGAGGCAGCGCUUAAACAACCAGUUUACUCAGCAAAGCUACCACUAAAUUGCACGCUCAAACAACCAGUUUACACACCAAAAGCCUCAAGAACCAUGGCGGAGGCUGUUGUUGGGCAGCUGGUGGUCAUGCUGGGCACUGCGCUGGCAAAAGAGGCGGCGAUCUUUGGGGGGGCGCUGCUCGGCAAGGAAGCCUCCGCCCUCAGAGGCCUCUUCGGCAAGAUCCGCGAAUCCAAGGCAGAGCUGGAGAGCAUGCAGGCCUACUUGCAGGAGGCAGAGCGGCUCAAGGACACCGACAAGACCACCGGCAUCUUCAUCAGCGAGAUCAGGGGUCUCGCCUUCCAGAUCGAGGACGUCGUUGACGAGUUCACCUACAAGAUGGAGGACUGCAAGCACGGAGGGUUCACCGGCAAGAUGAAGAAGCGGCUCAAGCAUAUCAAGACCUGGCGCCGCCUGGCGGCCAAGCUCCAAGAAAUCGAAGCCAAACUUCAGGAUGCCAAGCGGAGGAAGAAUGAUUACACCGUCAUCGGCAUAUCUGCUUCUGCUGCCAGAUCGACGAGUCAAGGUCAAUCUCUGCAUUUCACCAGGGAUGAGGACCUUGUGGGGAUAGAGGAGAACAGGGACAGGUUGAUACGGUGGCUGACCGUCGGCGGUGGUAGUGGUCAUGGUCUAGAGCAGAGCAGCAGCAAGGUUACCUCGGUGUGGGGGAUGCCUGGUGUUGGUAAAACCACUCUGGUUGCUCAUGUGUGCAACACUGUGAAAGUGGAUUUCGACGCGGCGGCGUGGGUAACUGUGUCGGAGAGUUACCGUAUUGAGGGUCUGCUGAAGAAGAUCGCUGCCCAGUUCGGCAUCGCAGUUGACGUCGCCGACAUUGAGAUGAGAGACCUAGCAGAGUCCAUCCACAACUACCUUCAAGGUAAAAAGUUCAUCAUGGUCCUGGAUGGUGUUUGGGCUGCGCGCGUGUGGUCCGAGAUAAGGAAUGUCUUCCCAACGUCUAACUGUACCGGCCGAUUUGUUAUCACAUCAAGAAAGCAUGAAGUGUCACUGUUGGCAACUAGGGAGUCUGCAAUUCACUUGGAACCGCUACAAGCUCAUCAUUCCUGGGAGUUAUUCUGCAAAGGAGCAUUUUGGAGUGAUGAUGGUAAAGAGUGCCCAUUGGAGUUGCAGGAACUGACUUGGAAGUUCAUAGCAAAGUGUCAAGGCUUGCCUAUUGCUAUUGCAUGCAUUGGCCGCCUACUAUCCUGCAAACCCCCAACUUCCGCUGAGUGGGAGAAUGUGUACAGGGGUUUGGAUUCGCAGUUGACGAAAGAUGUGAUCCCUGAUGCUCAUAUGAUCCUAAAGGUCAGUUUGGAGGACCUUCCGUAUGAUUUGAAAAAUUGUUUCUUACACUGUGCACUAUUUCAAGAAGAUUAUUUAUUAAAGAGGAGAAGGAUAGUGAGGCAGUGGAUUGCGGCAGGGUUUAUUAGGGAAAAGGAGAGCAAAACAUUGGAGGAAGUGGCAGAGGGAUACUUGGCUGAGCUUGUGAACCGAAGCCUAUUACAGGUUGUGAAGAGGAAUCAUGCCGGACGACUGAAACACUGCCAGAUGCAUGAUGCCAUAGGACUUCUUGCCCUGAAUAAAGCCAUGGAGGAGUGCUUUGGUAAAUUUUAUGAUGGCUAUGGUAGUGGGGCAUUCUCUGUAGAGGGUGCACGUCGCAUAUCAGUCCAGGGGGAAAACCUUGAACAACUGAGCCGAUCUGGUGCAAAACAACUCCGUGCACUCCAUGUUUUUGGAAGGUAUAUCAAUAUUGAUUUGCUGAAGCCUAUCUUAACAUCUUCGAAUUUGCUGUCGAUGUUGGAUCUGCAAGGUACUUGUAUCAAAAUGCUGCCCAAUGAAGUAUUUAGCUUGUUUAGUCUGCGGUAUUUGGGUCUUAGAGAUACCAAUCUCGAAAGCCUGCCUGAAGCAGUGGGGAGGUUACGAAAUUUGGAAGUCUUGGAUGCUGUGCAUUCUAAGCUGACGUGUUUGCCAAACAGUGUUGUAAAACUUAAAAAAUUGAGAUGCCUGCGUGCAUUUAGUACCAGCAGAUCAAAAAUUGGAAGAAUACAUGGGGUCAAGAUGCCUAGUGGUAUACAUCACUUGGCAGGGCUGCGGGCUCUUCAGUCCAUCAAAGCCAGUCCAGAGUUUCUGCGUGAAGUUGGAGCUCUGACAGAGCUAAGAACAUUCGGUGUCUGCAACGUGAGAAGCGAACACUCUUCUUACUUGGGCAAUGCUAUCACCAGAAUGAGCCAUCUUAUUCAUCUCGAUGUUGGGGCUGCAGCUGAGGAUGAGGUGCUGCGGCUGGAAGGGCUAUAUUUACCUCCAACCCUUUCUCUGCUUGGUUUAACAGGGCAGCUAAAGAAAACAUCGAUGCCUCAACUUUUCUCUUCCUGGUCACUUCUUAAUAGCGUCACCCGGUUGUACCUGGCAUUCUCCAAUAUUGAUGAGGGAACCUUUUCAUGUCUGUGUGUGUUACGUGCUCUAAGCACCCUUGAGCUAGUGCAGGCUUUUGAAGGGAAGAGGUUGGAUUUUUAUGCAGGGUCGUUUCCAAAACUUCGGUUUUUACACAUAUGGGGUGCUGCACAACUCAACCAAGUGGGAAUAGAGGAGGGCGCAAUGCAAAACCUUGUCGAGCUAUGGUUCACAGAGUGUCCUGAGCUAAAGUUUCUUCCAGAUGGCAUCCAACACCUUGCAGCCCUUGAGAAAUUACUUCUGAAAGACACAUCAGAAGAGCUAGUAGAGAAACUCCGGCAGAAGAGAGAUUCAGAUGAAUGCAAUGAAGAUGUAAUGAAGAUUAGCCACAUAAGGAAUGUUACAGUGGAAUUGAGCCAAAAAGGACUUUGGAAAAGGAUUAGGUGAUCAUCGCUAUUCACAAGAUCCUGGGCUGUAGCAUGUCAAGCACAUUCUGAUCACUUGGAUCAUAAUCUCAAUGAAAAUCUGGGCUAUUCCUUGGAUUGAAGACAUGUAAGACAGUCAGCUGUGGGUCGGGUUCUGGAAGGCAAAUAUCAGCUGUGAUGAGUAUUUCUGCUCAACAGCUGUGGAUCCAUCUUUAUAGAUUUUCAGUUUCUAAUCUAUCUUAAGCUGUAAGCAUUACUGAGGCAUAUGCUGUUGCGAACUCAAUCUGGAAUUAUAUUGCUGUAAAUUUAAGACUGCAUUCAAUGAAUGAAAGUUGGG